AUGGUCAAGUCCUACCGCAUCGCUACUAUUCCCGCCGACGGAAUUGGUCCCGAGGUCAUCGACGCUGGCGUUACUGUCCUGGAGGCCCUGGCCGACAAGCUCAAGUCUUUCUCUCUUGACUUCACACACCUUGACUGGAGCUCUGAGACGUUCAAGGCCACCGGCAAGUACAUUCCCGAUGGCGGACUGGACGAGUUGAAGAAGAACGAUGCUAUUCUAUUUGGAGCUGUUGGCGCACCAGAUGUUCCCGAUCACAUCUCCCUCUGGGGUCUGCGCCUCGCUAUCUGCCAGCCCUUCCAACAAUACGCCAAUGUCCGCCCUACCCGCGUCCUCCGCGGCACACAGUCUCCCCUGCGCAACUGCUCCACCGGAGACCUCGACUGGGUGAUUGUGCGUGAGAACAGUGAGGGCGAGUACGCGGGUCAGGGUGGUCGCUCGCACCGCGGACACCCCUGGGAGGUUGCGACGGAGGUGGCUAUCUUCUCGCGUCAGGGUGUAGAGCGCAUCAUGCGCUUUGCAUUUGAGACUGCUGCUAAGCGGCCGAGGAAGCUGUUGACUGUUGUGACCAAGAGCAAUGCUCAGCGCAACGGCAUGGUGCUGUGGGAUGAGGUCGCCAACAUUGUUGCCAAGGACUUCCCUGAGGUCUCCGUGGACAAGAUGCUCGUUGAUGCGAUGACCACGAGGAUGGUGCUCAAGCCUGAGAGCUUGGAUACCAUUGUUGCCAGCAACCUGCACGCCGACAUCCUCUCUGAUCUCGCCGCCGCCCUUGCCGGUUCCAUCGGUAUCGCACCCACAUCGAACCUCGACCCUACCCGCCAGAACCCCUCCAUGUUCGAGCCCAUCCACGGAUCCGCGUUCGACAUCACGGGCAAGGGCAUCGCCAACCCCGUUGCUACCUUCUGGACAGCCGCCGAGAUGCUCGAGUGGCUCGGCGAGAAGGAAGCCGCCGACAAGCUGAUGCAGUGCGUCGAGCGCGUCUGCGAGUCCGGCGUCCUAACCGCGGACCUGGGCGGCAAGGCCAACACCAAGGAAGUGACCUCUGCCGUUGUCGAGGAGAUCAAGCGUCUGAACUAG